UUUCAAGGAAAGAAAAUCGAAUUCCCACCCUUUACGAAUGCCUUGCAUAUGUCGUCUAUUGUGUGAAACGUGGUUUUGAGAGUGAUUCGUUUCAAAUCACAGCCUCAACAUGGUCCGAAUGAAUGUUUUGAGUGAUGCUCUCAAAUCCAUCAACAAUGCUGAGAAGAGGGGUAAAAGACAGGUCCUCAUCAGGCCCUCGUCUAAGGUUAUUGUCAAAUUCCUCACAGUGAUGAUGAAGCACGGUUACAUCGGUGAGUUCGAGAUUGUCGAUGACCACAGAGCAGGAAAGAUCGUUGUCAACCUGACUGGUCGCCUCAACAAGUGCGGCGUCAUUUCUCCACGAUUUGACGUUCCAAUCACGCAGAUUGAAACGUGGACAAACAACUUGCUCCCUUCCAGACAGUUUGGUUAUGUUGUUCUCACCACCAGUGGAGGAAUCAUGGACCACGAAGAAGCGAGAAGGAAACACCUCGGUGGAAAAAUUCUUGGCUUCUUUUUCUAAGCAUUAAAGUUACUGAAUAUAAAUC